AUGCAUACACCGUUAACACCUACACAUCAGAAUGGCCAUGGACAUCGCCAUCAUUCACCAGCUCGUCCAAAUGGCAAACAUUCUCAUAGCGAUCCUCCAACCCAUGGCUUGCGAGCUCAACUCCAUAACCUCUUGCCACGUCAUUCUCUCUUCCACGCUCACAUUCAUAUUCAUCAAAUCUCCAGCGUGCCUUUAGUUCACGGUGAAUUUGCUGCACGUUGGAAAUUCAAAAAUGUUCAAUCUCAGACCGGACUGCUGAAACGAGUCAAGGGAAAGCGUAGAGGAAGUCAGAAGGACGAAAAGGGAAAAGCCAAGGAGGUGGUGGAUGAGGGUGAUGAUAGCUUUGGCAGUGGGGAAGCAGCCGCUGAUCGUCAUUCUUCAUCUUCCAACUCCAUUGUCGAUGACCAAAAUGUCAAUAUUCCAGCUGUGGUUGUUUCAGGAUAUAUGUCGCCUACGGCUGCUCAGCCCAAGUCACCUUAUCAGGAGCUACUAAAUCCUCCGCGCGCCGACUUUUCACGAACCUCUUCUGCCUUAACAUCUUCGUCUGCAUCAUAUUCCCAUUCCGGCUCUUCCGCGAAUCUUCCGCAGAGCUUGAGUAUAACCCCUAUCACGAGCAACAGCGCUCCUCCAACCCCUAGCACCGCCGGUGUAGAAAGCUACUCGAAUACCCGCGGUAUGACUCCGUUUUACAAACUCAAGGACCAUGCUGUCGUAUGGGACCAUGAUCUUGAUGUUAUAAUCAAGAUGGAUAUUGACCGCGAAACAUCUGAGCUUUUGCCGAACGAGUUCAAACUUGUUGUCAUGCAGCGAGUCAUCCCCGGCGACCCGGAUGCACCGAGAAAUCCCCGUCUUGGUGCGCUCUAUCUGGAUCUCAGUGAGUAUGCUGGUGUAGGCAAAGAGGUGACGAGAACUUAUCUUCUAAGGGAUACUAAGAUGAACGCUACAGUGAAACUCACAAUUUAUCUCGAGCACUCCGGUGGCGAUACUAACUACAUUGCCCCACUUCUACCCAAAGCCGAAAUAUUCAAUGGAGUAGCAGAUCUUCUGGAUGACGACGUUUACAUUACUCGACCUCGUGCGCUCGACCUUUGGGGUCCUUAUCACAACCAACAAGAGUUGGAAAUGGAUUUACUCGGAGGUACGAGUAUCCCUGAACUCCAGAGCGCCGCAGCUGAGAAGUCGAGGUCGAAAUCUCGGGUCAGAGCCCGUUCCAAGUCCCGGUUAACGCACACUCGAAUACCCAGUAAUGGCAAAAAUUCCAUGAUAUCUGCUGAAGACAUGAACAGCGACGCAGACUUCUACAUCGACGAAGAUGAUUCUGAUAUCGAGGAAUCAAGAUACGAAGUCCCGUUCGAUGUCUCUCGUCUUCCAUUGGCUUACGGACCAAAGACCACGGAAAUGCUUAUCGAAGCGAUUUUCAACCCCGUUCGCGUUACGCAUCAUGAUUUGAAGGGCAACCCGUUCACAUACUAUGUCUCUCCCGAAGAGGUGAGGGAAGAACAGGCAAGGAAGCUUGAACGACUGCGAGACAAGGAUAGGACUGUGCGCGCGCCUUACCUAGGGAAUGAGUCCCCUUCACUGUAUAGCGCCGACGAUAACAGCAGUCACAGUGGGUAUACGGAAAAUAGCGAGGUUGGUAGAGGACGAAGUGGUAUGAGAGGAUGGUGGUCAUCAAAGAAGAAAACGCCUGCUGCUGUGUCCUCGACACCAACGGGGUCGUCGCGACCUGGGACACCUGGGACACCGGUCGCAGUGCGUUAG